AUGGCGGAUCUUGUGGCAAAUGUAUUACGUGAAGCUCAAGAAAAAAAGUCUUCAUUUAAGUCAAUCGAAGUGCACAAGAGUCUUGAACUCGAAUUAGAUGAAGGAAAUCUGUUAGCUACAGAUCCUAAUCCGAUUGACCAGAAAUGUUUAAGUAAAAAUAAGGAAGAUUAUCUUCGAAAUCUUGCAAGGGACAACACACAGCUACUUUUUAACAAAAUAUGGCAGUUGCCAAUAGAAAAAGUUGAUGAUGUUGUUGUUGUGAAGCUUCCUACUCCAACAAGUGUUAUUCCUCGUGAAAAACCAGUUCCUAAACCAAAGCCACUGACAAAAUGGGAACAAUAUGCCAAAACAAAAGGUAUUACAAAGAAAAAGAAAAGCCGGAUGGUAUGGAGUGAUGAGGCUAAACACAAUAACUUCUUCUUUUGUUUUUCUUUCUUCUUUCUUCUUUCUUCUUUUGUUUUUCUUUCUUCUUUUGUUCUUCUUCUUCUUUUGUUCUUCUUCUUCUUUUGUUCUUCUUCUUCUUUUGUUCUUCUUCUUCUUUUGUUCUUCUUCUUCUUUUGUUCUUCUUUCUUCUUCUUUUGUUCUUCUUUCUUCUUCUUUUGUUCUUCUUUCUUCUUCUUUUGUUCUUCUUUCUUCUUCUUUUGUUCUUCUUUUGUUCUUCUUUCUUCUUCUUUUGUUCUUCUUUUGUUCUUCUUUUUUCUUCUUUUGUUCUUCUUUUGUUCUUCUUUUGUUCUUCUUUUGUUCUUCUUUUGUUCUUCUUUUGUUCUUCUUUUGUUCUUCUUUUGUUCUUCUUUUGUUCUUCUUUUGUUCUUCUUUUGUUCUUCUUUUCUUCUUCUUUUCUUCUUCUUUGUUUUUCUUUCUUCUUUCUUCUUUUGUUUUUCUUCUUUUGUUUUUCUUUCUUCUUUCUUCUUUUGUUUUUCUUUUGUUUUUCUUUCUUCUUUUGUUUUUCUUUUGUUUUUCUUUCUUCUUUCUUCUUUUGUUCUUCUUCUUCUUUUGUUCUUCUUUUGUUCUUCUUCUUCUUUUGUUCUUCUUUUGUUCUUCCUUCUUCUUUUGUUCUUCUUUUGUUCUUCUUUCUUCUUUUGUUCUUCUUUCUUCUUCUUUCUUCUUCUUUGUUCUUCUUUCUUCUUCUUUUCUUCUUCUUUUGUUCUUCUUUUGUUCUUCUUUUGUUCUUCUUUCUUCUUCUUUGUUCUUCUUUCUUCUUCUUUUCUUCUUCUUUUGUUCUUCUUUUGUUCUUCUUUUGUUCUUCUUUCUUCUUCUUUGUUCUUCUUUCUUCUUCUUCUUCUUUUGUUCUUCUUUUAUGUGUUUUUUUUUUUUUUUUUUUUUUUCCUAUCUCUCUCCUUCCAUUUGCUUCAAGAUUGGCGUCCACGCUGGGGCUACAAAAGAGCAAAUGAUGACACAAAAGACUGGUGCAUUGAGGUUCCUGCAAAUGCUGAUCCAUAUGAAGACCAGUUUGCUAAGAGAAAAACAGCCAAGAAGGAACGCAUAGCGAAGAAUGAAUUGAAGAGGCUACGCAAUAUUGCCAGAGCUCAAAAGCUGAAAGUGUCUGAGCUGAAUCAUACACCAAAGCUAAAAGAAUCUCGUGAAGAUGUCAAUAGAAAAAUAGCAGUGGCCAAGUUGUCUACAGCAUCGGUUGGAAAAUUCACAGAAACUUUAGCAAAAGAAAAAGUAGCUAAAAAUGUUGGCUGUAAAAGAAAAUUUGCACCCAACCAUGGUGAUAUCAAGGUUGAAACUUCCCAUCAAUUGAAUUUGCUGGGGAAACUUGGCAAAAAGGAAGUGUUGGAUGUAACAAAGGCUGCCAACAUGAAGUUACAUGAAGAAGAAAUGUCCAGAGCCAAGAAGAAAAAAGAAGAUCCACAAAUUAUGAAAAAGGGCAAAAAUAAAUUUGGCAAAGGAGGCAAAAAAUUCAUUAUGGGAGGAAAAGGACUCAAAUCUGACAAAAAGGCAUAUUUUUUCACAUUACAUAAACAAAGAUGGAUACGUUACGAUUCACGUCACUUCCGCCAAAUCUGGGUAUGUGACAAAUCUAAAGGAAUUGCUCUCUCUUCUUUCCUUCUUCCAACACCUGGGGAACCGUAA